AUGUCAGCGCUGGAAUGUGUCCCCAUCAAAGUCACCAAGGAGCUAUUUGAAGUCAACGUCUUCGGGGCACUGAGAUUAAUCCAGGCCGUGCUGCCGAGCAUGAAAGCGAGGGAGAGUGGGCUAAUCAUUAAUAACAGCAGCCAUCACGGUGUUGUUGGAGUUCCUUUCGUGGAAAUUUACAGCUCGUCAAAGUUUGCUGUAGAAGGUCUGACAGAGAGUAUGGCUCCACUACUCCGUCAGUUUAACAUAAGGUAAGACGCUUUCUGCCCUCACAAGCGGGGUUAGCUUCUUUCGCCUCUCUUUCAAGACAGUCUUUGGAAACAACGCCGGCUUCUCCUCACUGAGAAGAGCGGCUGUUUACCAAGUCCACUCUUUGUGUCCCUUCCAUGGAAAUUGUAGGGUUCCGUGCGUCAUGACCUCGAGCAAAAUAUCUUCCAUCUGGCUUUCCUACCUAGUCAAUAAGUACAUAUUUAUAUUCAGUUUUUAUUAUGAAAUUUAUGCUGAUCUCCAGGUUUGAAUCUGGAGAGCAAAGAUCUAGAUUACAAUUUUCUUUAAUUUAACCUAUAAGUUUAAUCUUAACACCAACCCAUGUUUUGAUUUCAUGAUUUCAUAUCUUAAAUUCCUAUCAUUUCGAUUGUUUAUAGAUGCUGUCUGCUGCAACCAGGCCCCGUUGAAACUCCUGUAAGGUCGAAAGCGAGCGACUGGAGUCAAGAGAGCGUGGACUUGACAACCUUGGACGCCAAGACGAAAAGUUUGAUGGAAGCGGUUAAUGAAUAUUUUGGCAAAAUACUGGGUGAAACUAUGCAGAGCAGUGAAGAAAUUGCGCAAGUUGUGCAGGAAAUCAUAUUAGGGCAGAAAAAAAGCCUGCGACUACAAACCAAUGUAAAAUACGGCCCCGGUGAAGUUGCUGCCAAAUUAGCUGAUCCUACGGGGGACGCAUUGAUCAGUAUUGUGGCUAAACGUUAUUUUAAUGAAUAA